GGGCCAACUAUGCAAGGGGCGCUGUCCACGGCCACAGGCCUCCCGCCGCCCGCCCCCGGCACCCCUACCGGGCUGCCCAAGGGCUCUGCCAGCGCGGUCACCCAGAGUCUGCCCAGGACGCCUUCGGUCACUACCAGCGGUAUCCGGGCCACUCUGACGCCCACGGUCCUGGCCCCUCGUCUGCCACAGCCGCCCCAGAACCCAACGAACAUCCAGAACUUCCAGCUGCCCCCAGGUAUGGUCCUCGUGCGCAGCGAGAACGGGCAGUUGUUAAUGAUCCCUCAGCAGGCCUUGGCCCAGAUGCAGGCCCAGGCCCACGCCCAGGCCCAGCCUCAGACCACCAUGGCACCCCGCCCUGCAACCCCCACAAGUGCCCCACCUGUCCAGAUCUCCACCGUCCAGGCACCUGGGACCCCAAUUAUUGCCCGGCAGGUGACCCCGACGACCAUAAUUAAGCAGGUGUCUCAGGCCCAGACGACGGUACAGCCGGCCGCCGCGCUGCAGCGCUCACCCGGAGUGCAGCCUCAGCUUGUUCUGGGUGGUGCUGCCCAGACAGCUUCGAUUGGGACGGCGACAGCUGUUCAGACGGGGACACCUCAGCGGACUGUCCCGGGGGCCACCACCACCUCCACAGCUGCCACGGAAACUAUGGAAAACGUGAAGAAAUGUAAGAACUUUCUGUCUACGUUAAUAAAGCUGGCCUCAUCCGGUAAACAGUCCACAGAGACGGCGGCGAACGUGAAGGAGCUGGUGCAGCACCUGCUGGAUGGAAAAAUCGAAGCGGAAGAUUUCACCAGCCGGCUGUACCGGGAACUUAAUUCUUCACCUCAACCUUACCUUGUGCCUUUCCUGAAGAGGAGCUUGCCCGCCUUGAGACAGCUGACGCCUGACUCCGCAGCCUUCAUCCAGCAGAGCCAGCAGCAGCAGCCGCCUGCCCCGCAGGCCACCACUGCGCUCACAGCCGUGGUGCUGAGCAGCUCCGUCCAGCGCACGGCCGGGAAGACGGCGGCCACUGUGACCAGCGCUCUCCAGCCCCCUGUCAUCAGCCUCACGCAGCCCACACAGGUUGGCGUUGGCAAGCAGGGGCAGCCCACGCCGCUGGUGAUCCAGCAGCCGCCCAAGCCCGGAGCACUGAUCCGGCCCCCGCAGGUGACGCUGACGCAGACGCCCAUGGUGGCCCUCCGGCAGCCCCACAACCGCAUCGUGCUGACCACACCCCAGCAGAUCCAGCUGAACCCACUGCAGCCAGUCCCGGUGGUGAAACCUGCUGUGUUACCUGGAACCAAAGCUCUCUCUGCUGUCUCGGCCCAAGCAGCUGCUGCGCAGAAAAAUAAACUCAAGGAGCCCGGGGGAGGCUCGUUUCGGGAUGAUGAUGACAUUAAUGAUGUGGCGUCAAUGGCUGGAGUAAACCUAUCGGAGGAAAGUGCAAGGAUCUUAGCCACAAACUCUGAGUUGGUGGGCACGCUUACACGGUCCUGCAAAGACGAAACCUUCCUCCUCCCAGCGCCUCUGCAGAGAAGGAUAUUGGAAAUAGGUAAGAAACACGGCAUAACGGAACUGCACCCCGACGUUGUGAGUUACGUGUCCCACGCCACACAACAGAGGCUACAGAACCUCGUGGAAAAAAUAUCAGAAACGGCUCAGCAGAAGAACUUCUCUCAUAAGGAUGAUGACAGAUAUGAGCAGGCAAGUGAUGUUCGGGCUCAGCUCAAGUUUUUUGAACAACUCGAUCAGAUUGAAAAACAGAGGAAAGAUGAACAGGAAAGAGAGAUCUUAAUGCGAGCAGCCAAGUCUCGCUCCAGACAAGAGGAUCCAGAACAAUUAAGGCUGAAACAGAAGGCGAAAGAGAUGCAGCAGCAGGAGCUGGCGCAGAUGAGGCAGCGUGACGCCAAUCUCACCGCGCUGGCAGCUAUCGGGCCCCGCAAGAAGCGGAAAGUGGACUCCCCGGGACCGGGCUCCGGGACAGAGGGGUCCGGCCCGGGCUCUGCAGUCCCCGGCAGCUCCGGCGUGGGAACCCCCCGACAGUUCACACGACAAAGGAUCACGCGGGUCAACCUCAGGGACCUCAUAUUUUGUUUAGAAAAUGAACGCGAGACAAGCCAUUCACUGUUGCUCUAUAAAGCGUUCCUUAAGUAGCACAGGACCUGCGGCAUCUCGUUAGAGACGCCUGGGGACGUUUUUAUAUAUUUGCAGAUUACGCCUUUUUGUAACAAGCAAAUGGGAUAUUGUUUAAAAAACAGCCACCUCUUUGCAACGGAACCGUUUUAUAUUCCUGUUUCUAAGUCAACUCUUCAGUCCGGAAGAAAACAAGUUUCUGUAACAGAGAAAACACGAGGCCCAUGGGCACUCUUAACGGAUAACUAAAUCCUAACUCAUCUUUGAUUGAGUGGCCUUCUUGCCAAACAAGCCAUAUAUAGAAGCUGACAGAAUCGUUUAGCAAAUAAUUAGCUGCCCUAUGUCGCCUCCCAGCGGCUUUUACAUUAUUUGUGCAUUUGGUUUUAGUUCAGCCCCACUUACUGCCUAGGUGUGUGUCUGCAAGCCAAUGACCUCAUUUCAUUUAUUUUAUUUUUGUAUCAGUCAGUUGGCAAAGCAAACUGAUUUUUAGACUAUUUAUCCCCCUUCCCCGUUCAGCACUAGGAACACGGCCCACCACGGCCUCCGGGUGAGUCACUCUCCUGCCUCACGGAGCCGGCCUGGCGGCUCCUGGCUGUGUGGCCGGCAUCUGUACAAAUGCAUUUUAUUUGCUAUAGUUUGUAAAGCUGUAAAGUUAAAAGAAAUGAAAACCUUUUCAGCAUAAAUAUAUUUUACUUGCACUGUGUUUUUUUAGCUAAAAGUGAAAACUUAGAUGAAAUAAAAUCAAAGUUGAGAAGAAUCAUCAAAAGACUUUCUCAGUGUGAAUCAAGUGUUGAGAAUGGCUGGUGUAUUUUGUCAGUAAUUGUACAUAUUUUGGCACAUAACAUGAAACGCCUCUGUAAACUGUAAUUAUUUUGCUAAGAGACUGUGUGCGAGCUGUGGGCCCUUUACAGAUGCCCAGAGCAAGCCCCUUCUUUGUACCUAUUUUUUUAUUACAAAUAUACUAAUUGGUUCUUUAUAUUUUCAGAGGUUAUUGUAUUAAAUUGUCUAUUGAUAGUACUUUUAUGACUGUAAAUACUUGGCUUUCUCUGUGGGAGCCUCGCAGGAGACUGAUUCGCCAGAGUGGGAGCUGAAAGAUCAGUAUUUUUUACCGACACCUGAGAACUGUUACACCUUUUAUUUUGUCUUUUAGGAAAUCCCGUCUUUCCAUUUUUUCAUGUAAAUUUUGCACAGUUACUUGUUCAUAUGUAAAUAUUUUACUUUCAAAAAUGAAGUUUUUAAUUGCUAUUGUUUUAUAUAGGGUUGAGAGAAAAUUAACUCCUUUAUUAAAAACAAAUUUAUCUGUA